AUGCCGCCUGUCCUCCCCAUCUGGCCCCGUGUCCUGUUUGGUGUAAUUGAGCCUGUCCUGCUACUUUCAGGUGCCUACGCCGCCUUCACAAACCCUCAAGAAUUCGCAAACAAACAAGUACCUGGCACACCUGCUACAAUUCCCACAUCUGCUAACUCCACCAUAACCGUUUUGCAGACUGGGAACAUAUAUCUACUCCUUGCUGGCUUGGCGAUCCUAUGCUGCUUCUUCUCGAGCCCUCAAGUCGCGCGAAAUUAUCUCCUCGUUGUUGCCUGUGCCGAUCUUGGCCAUAUCUACGCCACCUAUGCUGGUCUGGGUGGAAAUAUGUUCUUUGACGUCGCGAACUGGAAUGACAUGGUGUGGGGACAUGUAGGCACAAGCAGCUUCCUAUUUGUGAAUAGAGUGGCAACCGCAGCAGGCAUUUUUGGAUCGAGCGAGAAAGGGGGCACGAAGCGGGAAUGA